UUUUCCCGCUCUCUGUCCCCGCAGGAGAAGUACAAGAUGACACUUGACCAUCGUUCCACCAUCUUCCAGAACCUCAACGGUGCUUUGGAUGAGGUGGUGCUGAAGUUUGAGAGGGGGAAUUCCAGAGUUCGGAACAUCGCCCAGGAUACCUUGCCGGUGGUCAUCCAUGGCAACGGGCCCACCAAGCUCCAGCUGAAUUAUCUAGGGAACUACAUUCCCAACGCAUGGACCCACGACAAUGGCUGUGGGAUUUGUGAGGAAGAUAUGUUGGACCUCUCUCAGCUCCAGGACGAGGAAUAUCCCCACGUCACCAUCGGCGUCUUCAUCCUGAAACCCACGCCCUUCUUCCUGGAGUUCCUGCAGCGGCUGGUGAUCAUGGAUUAUCCUCACGACCAGCUGAGCCUCUUCAUCUACAACCAGGAGGUUCACCAUGAGAAACACAUCCAGCAGUUCUGGGAGGAGCACGGUGACGACUUCUACCAUGUGAAGGUGGUGGGGCCUGAGGAGGACAUGACCGAGGGAGAGGCCAGGGACGAUGGGGCUGUGAGAACCCUUUGUCGCCAAGAUGUGGACUGUGAUUACUACCUCAGCAUGGACUCUGAUGUUGCCCUCAACACCUGGCCUCAGGCCCUACGCAUUCUCAUCGAGCAUAACAGGAAGGUGAUUGCCCCCAUCAUGAGCCGCCACGGGAAGCUGUGGUCCAACUUCUGGGGGGCCAUCAACGCCGAGGGCUUCUACUCCAUGUCGUCUCAGAGGACUAACAUCGACAUCGUGCAGCUGAAGAGAGUUGGGAUCUGGAACGUUCCGUACCUGUCGCAGGUGUACCUGGUGAAGGGGGACGUGUUGCGGUCAGAGCUGAGGCAGAGGCACGUUUACACACUUGGGGAUCAGGACCCCGACAUGGUCUUCUGCAAGAACGUCCGUCCAAGGGGUCCAUCUGGGAGUGUCGAUGGCGUGGGGGAGAAGUGGCUCGGGGGACUGGGGGGAGGGUGUGCGGGACUGGGUUCGAUGAGGCGAGGGUGGGGGGGUGAAAAGGAGUAG